AUGUAUGGUGAUAUGAUGGUGGAUGAGAGUGGAGUGGAUGUAAGCGAGGAGGUAUCUCCCAACGAGGGGAUUUGGUGGUUUGAAUUCUAUCGAGGAAUUACACGGGAUAGGAUUCGAUGGGAGAAGGUUAAGAGGUGUAUGGGCCGUGGGAGAUGUAGAGUUGUUCUGAGAUGGCAGGAUGUACCGGAUGAGAUGAAGAGAUUGGGUGGUCGUUCGAGUUCGAGUUCUGGGAUCGGUUUGGGAGUGAGCGGAAAAAUAAGCGAAGCGGAGAGAGUCAUGCAGGAGAUGAGUAGGGAGAACAUGGCAGCGACGGGAAAGAAGCGGAGAGGAAGAAAGAGUAUGCAAACGAGCCAUGCGAAUACGAGUUCGAGUGGGGGAUUGGGAGUUAUGAAUAUGAAUGUGGGGAGUCAUUCACAUUCACAUUCGCAUGUGCGAUCGCGUUCGGGCGAAGCUUUGAGAGAUAGCUUGCGUGCGAGAGCGAUUGGGAAUCGGAUGAGUUUUAAUGGAGAUGUUUAG